CGGCAGGCGGCAGCGCCGCAGCCGGGGGUCUCUCCGCAAUGCUGCAGUGCAAACACGCUCAGGAAUUCAGCUUCGGGCCCCGGGCUCUGAAGGAUGCACUGAUCUCCACCGACCCAGCCCUGCAGGAGCUCUAUGCCAAGGCUUUCUCCAGGGCAGAGAAGCUGUUCCUCUCCGAAGCCUACAACCCACAGAGAACGCUCUUCUGCACGCUGCUCAUCCGGACGGCUUUCGACUGGCUCCUCAGCCACCCCGAUGCCCCCGAGGACUUUGAGACCUUCUAUCACGCCAUGCUCAGGAGGAAGCAGAACUUCUACCGCAAGCACAUCUACCUGCAGCCUAUAGACUUAAUUGAAGGUCCUGCCGGGCUCUCGCUGCUGGAUUCCCUCCAGAGCUGUGUUGAGUCUUUCUUCCUGGGUCUCCGUGUGAAGUGCCUUCCCUCCAUCCCCAUCUCUUCCAUUCACUGCUGCUACCGCCACAGCCAGGACUCGGACAGGGUGCAGCUUCACGCAGAUGGGAUCUUGAAUUUCCUGAAGAACAACAAGCCCAUGGAUGCCCUGUGUGUCCUUGGCCUCACUCUGCUGGACCUUUACCCAUGUGAGACCUGGAGCUUCACAUUCAGCAAAUUCCUGCCAGGACAAGAAGUGGGGGUCUGCAGCUUUGCCAGAUUUUCUGGGGAUUUCCCCCAUGCUGGUUGCAGCAGCUUGAAUCCACUCACACAGAAGGAACAGUUAUGUGAAGUCAGCAAGGAAAGCAGAGACCGGACAUUGUUGUUCAGUGCCCAGGAGAUGGUCCAGUGCUGCAAGGUGACCUGUCAUGAGAUCUGCCACCUGAUGGGGCUGGGGACCUGCCGCUGGCUGCAGUGCAUCAUGCAGGGGGCGCUGAGCCUGGACGAAGCCCUGCUGCGGCCCCUGGAGCCCUGUCCCAUCUGCCUGCGGAAGCUGCAGCAUGUGGUGGGCUUCAAACUCAUCGAGCGCUACAGGAAGCUCUAUGCUUGGACACAGACUGUACUGUCCACAUGGCCAAGGCAAGAGUCAGCAGACCUGUCUGCCUCGGAGGACAUCCUUCCAUUCAGCUCAGACUCCGGGAUGUGCUGUGAGAAUGACUCUGAGGCUGUGACCUCCUUGUCCGAGCCGCUGACGCCAGACACGUGCAGCCAGGCCCUGUCCAUCAGCCAGGAGCUGGAGCAGGAUGACCAUUCGUGUUCUCUGGCCGAGGCACAGAGCCAGCCCCAGCUCGCUGUGCCCACCAAGCCCGCAGACACCAUUAAAGAUUAUGAACUGUGGCUGGAAACCUGCAUUGCCGCCCUGGAGAGGAACGUCUCCGAGGAGGAACUGGCCCAAGUAGACAAGACUGUGGAUGCCCUGGCGAAGUGGGAGAUGUUCACAGGCCAACUGCCUGUUAUGAGGAAGGACCUACCCUUUGCUAAGGACAACGCUGGGCUACGGAAAGUUCUGGGAGACAAAUUUUCCUCCUUGAGGAGGAAACUGAGUUCCAGAAAACUGUCCAAAGGGGAAUCGUCCCCACAGCGCUGGCGGUGGGAGGAAAACUAGGCUGGGUCUGCCUUGGGUUGGGCCAGCUUGCUUUGGUUACCUUAGUGCCCUGCCUCUGAGCUUUGCCACCACAAGCUGUUGCUGUCAGAGAGAAGCAGCAACUCCUCACAGGAAU